AUGGGCUCCAUCAGUGCAGCAAAUGCCGAAUUUUGUUUUGAUGUAUUCAAAGAGCUCAAAGUCCACCAUGCAAACGACAACAUCUUCUAUUCGCCCAUGAGCAUCAUUGUAGCAUUGGCCAUGGUUUAUCUAGGAGCAAGAGGUAACACAGAGUAUCAGAUGGAAAAGGUUCUUCACUUUGACAAAAUUGCAGGACUUGGAGGAACUAUUCAGACUAAGUGUGGCAAGUCGGUGAAUAUCCAUGUGCUAUUUAAAGAACUUCUCUCUGACAUCACUGCACCAAAAGCCAAUCAUUCACUUCACAUUGCCAACAGACUCUAUGCUGAAAAGACAUCUCCAAUCCUACCGAUCUACUUAAAAUGUGUGAAGAAACUGUACAGAGCAGGUCUGGAAAUGGUCAACUUCAAAACAGCAUCAAAUCAAGCCAGACAGCUCAUUAAUUCUUGGGUGAAAAAUCAGACAAAAGGACAGAUCCAAGAUUUCCUUGAACCAGGCUCUGUUCAUCCUGAUACUAUGCUGGUCCUUGUGAAUGCUGUUUACUUCAAAGGGAUAUGGAAGGCAGCAUUUAAAGAAGAACGCACUCAGGAAUUUCCCUUCAGCGUGACAAAGCAAGAAAGCAGACCUGUGCAAAUGAUGUGUCAGAACAGUACCUUCAAAGUGGCAACCGUGGCUGCAGAGAAAAUGAAGAUCCUGGAACUUCCGUACACCAGUGGGGAGCUGAGCAUGUUGGUGCUGUUGCCUGAUGAAGUCUCUGACCUGGAGCAGCUCGAGAACAAAAUCAGCUUUGAAAAACUUACAGAGUGGACCAGUCCUAAUGUGAUGGAAAAGAAGAGAGUGAAAGUGUGCCUCCCACGCAUGAAGAUUCAGGAAAAAUAUAACCUCACAUCUGUCUUCGUGGCCUUGGGUAUGACCGACCUGUUCAGCCCUUCAGCCAAUCUGUCUGGCAUCUCUUCAGCAAAGAGCCUGAAGAUAUCUGAGAUCAUCCAUGCGGCUUACAUGGAAGUCAAUGAACAGGGCACAGAAAUGGCAGGCUCAGCAGGGGUGAUGGGAGAUGUCAAAAAUUUCCCUGAGUUUGAAGAGUUUAGGGCUGACCACCCUUUCCUUUUCUUGAUCAAACACAAUCCAACCAACAUCAUCCUCUUCUUUGGUAGAUACUGUUCCCCCUAA